AUGCUUGCGGCAUCUAGGUGGAUCAAGCAGCGGUCACCCAAGGAGAAGACCGCGCUCGGAUGCGUCGCGGGCCUAGUGCUGCUGAUCAUUCUGUGGCGCACCAUUGAAGAUCACGACACUCUGUUCGUCCUAGCGGAGGCCGCGCACUUUGUGGGCAUCGGCCUGCUUGGAUGGAAGAUUUACAGCAAAAAGUCCGUGGCAGGCCUGUCCCUGCAGACCCAGAUCCUCACUGGCAUGUUCCUGGUCGUGCGGCUGUACUGCAGCUUCAUGAUGGAGUACGACAUCCACACCCUCCUCGACCUCUUGACAGCGGCCGCGACGGCGGCCGUGCUGUUUGCGAUGCUGGGGUCGCAGGUGGCAAGCACGUACCAAGCUGACCUGGACACCAUCAAGUUCUACUAUGUGGUGAUUCCCUGCCUGCUCUGUGCCGUGGUGGCGCACCCCUACACGAGCCACUGGCUGCCUUUCAGGAUCAUGUGGGCGGUGUGCGUGUACCUGGAGGCGGUGUCUGUGUUCCCUCAGCUGCGCAUGAUGCAGAACAGCAAGGUGGUGGAGCGGUUCACGGCGCACUACGUGUUCUGCCUCGGCCUCUCGCGGUUCUUCAGCUGCGCGCACUGGGUGCUGCAGCUGCUGGACGGCAACAAGUACCUGCUGACCGCGCUGGGCAGCGGGCUGUGGCCCGUGAUGGUCCUGCUGUCGGAGGUCGUGCAGACGGUCAUCCUCGCAGACUUCUGCUUCUACUACGUGAAGUCAUACGCAGACGGCACCGGCAUCCUGCGCCUGCCCGUCGGCAUCGUCUGA